CUCACCCCCUGCCCCAGGCCGGGCGGGACCCCAGGCCGGGCCUGGGAACCCCAACUCGGGAGAAUCUGCCUAGAGGACCCAGGCGGAGCGGGAGAUAAGCCCCAACAUGACCCCUGAUCCACAGCCCUGCCCAGACUCUCUCAGCUCUGAUCUGGGUCCCCAGUCAGCACUGGGGAGCCAGACCUGGGAUCUCAUCCCUCAGCCCCAGCUGGAGAACCCACCCAUCCUGGGUACUGCCCUCUCGCCCCCACUGGGUUUGGGAAGGUCCUCUGUAUCUGAACCAGACCUCCCCCGUACGCAGGAGCCGAGCGCUCAGCCCCAGGCCAGCCAACAGGAACCUGCGCCCUCUUCUGUUCUCACUCUCCCCCUUAGAGCUGGAGGCCCCCACUCACAUGACUAGUCCUUGCCCCCCUUGACUCCCACUAAACCGGAAAUCCCCAUUUUCCCAGAGAACCUCCACCAACCUUAGGAUCCUUUUCUUGGAGACCUGGACCAGAUUCCUGUACCCUAAACCUGGGAACCCCGGGCCUGUCCUUCCCUGGUACCCCAAAUCCAGAGCCCCCAUUCUAGGCGUCUGAAACAUCCUGAGAGCUCCACCCUGACUUAUGAACUUGGGAGAUACCUGGCCCUGGGACCCAUACUGGAAGCCCUCAGCCAACUCCGGCUGGCUCCUGCUCCCCAAAGCCCCCAGCAUCCACCCACCUCCUUUCUGGGUUUCGGUUUCGGUGAAUCACCAAACCCGUUCUGCGGGGAGGGCGAAGGGCCAGAACUUGGAGAACGAUGAGGAUGGAGCCCAGGCCUCUCCAGAGCUGGAUGGGGGAGUCGGCACCAGGGAUCCUGGCCGAACCUCCAUCCGAAGCUCCCAGUGGUCCUUUAGCACCAUCAGCAGCAGCACCCAGCGCUCCUACAACGCCUGCUGCAGCUGGACCCAGCACCCUUUGAUCCAGAAGAACCGCCGGGUAGUGCUGGCUUCCUUCCUGCUUCUGCUGCUGGGGCUGGUGCUGAUCCUGGUCGGCGUGGGACUGGAGGUGGCCCCCUCUGCAGGUGUGUCCAGCGCCAUCUUCUUCGUGCCGGGCUUCCUGUUGCUGGUCCCGGGAGUCUACCACGUGAUCUUCAUCUACUGCGCCGUCAAGGGCCACCGGGGCUUCCAGUUCUUCUACCUGCCCUACUUCGAGAAGUGAGCAGCGCGGCGCGGCCGUUCCGUUCCCUCUUCCGCCAGCACCGGCCCAGCCCCGUCGGGAGGUUGCUCGGGAAGUCUGGGGUUAGGCCUGGCCCUGGGCAAGUCACCCCUCGCCCGCUCAGUGCCUUAACUUAUUCUCGGGCCCUGGGACUGCUAGGCUGGUGUUGUUUUGUGCUAAUAAAAGGGUAAUUCCGGCAGA